AUGCUUUUCUCUACAACGAGCCGAACAGUUCUUAGAGGCGUCGGCAGCUUGCCGCGCUCUACUUCUGUGUUUUCGAGUCCCUUCAACAUCAAUAGUCCCUCGGCCCUUCGAAGAUUAUUAUCGUCAUUGGCUGUUCUAGAACAGCGCGAUGGGAAGCUCAACCACGGUUCCUUGAGCGCAAUUACAGCCGCUAAGAAGCUUGGGGGAUCGAUACAUGGAUUCGUCGCCGGAAGCAAUAUAAAGCCCGUAGCAGAGGAGGCGGCCAAAGUAGAAGGCGUCGAAAAGAUAAUCGCGGUGGACAACGCUGCUUACGACAAGGGUCUCCCAGAGAACUUUGCGCCGCUAUUAGUCGAGAAUAUCAAGAAGGGCGGCUACACUCAUAUUAUCGCAGGACACACUGCUUUUGGGAAGAGCUUAUUACCGCGGGUCGCCGCACUUCUCGACUCCCAACAAAUAUCAGACAUAACUGGCAUUGAAAACGAGAAUACCUUUGUGCGCCCAAUUUACGCCGGCAACGCCAUUGCGACUGUUGAGUCCUCCGAUCCAAUCAAAGUUAUUACUAUUCGUGGCACGGCUUUCCCCGCCGCCGAAGCACAGGGCGGUUCCGCAACUAUAGAAGAUGGCGUUGACCCUAACGUGGAAAUUUCCGUAGAGUGGGUUUCCGAAGAUCUAGCCAAAUCAGACAGGCCAGACCUAGCGACCGCUGGUAAAGUUGUCUCUGGAGGUAGAGGUCUAAAAUCGAAGGAAGACUUCGAUAAGAUCAUGCUCCCGCUUGCAGACUCGUUAGGCGCUGCAGUUGGUGCUUCUCGCGCCGCGGUAGAUAGCGGAUAUGCCGACAACAGUCUUCAGGUUGGACAGACGGGUAAGGUGGUUGCUCCUCAAUUAUACCUUGCCGUUGGAAUUUCCGGUGCCAUCCAGCAUCUAGCGGGUAUGAAGGACAGCAAGGUGAUUGCAGCGAUCAACAAGGACGCCGAGGCGCCGAUAUUCCAAGUAGCAGACGUGGGUUUAGUCGGGGAUUUAUUCGAUAAGGUCCCCGAAUUAACAGAGAAGCUGAAGAGCUCAUAA